AUGUUCGAGGACUUCUCUUUCUCAUCUCCCUCCUCCACUCGACCUCCCCGCUUGGCCUUGGACAGCGAAGAAUAUCAGCGCCUCACUCUCGACCAUGACAGUGGAUUAAUCUCUCCCUUGUCCUCGCGCUGUCCGUCACCACGCUCGUCAACGCAGCGCUUCCCCCGGACCCUAUCUCGCUCGCGAUCCUCCUACUCCCGGGGCCAGGCUCAAGCGCCUACCUCCGUCCCUUUCUCCGCAUACGAGAAGCGCUUCUCCAUCAGCACCCUCACCAAGAAACUUCACGAGCACACGCUCCAAAACCAGUCCGGCACUGCGGGCGCAAUCCCCAGCGAUGACCGCUUCCCCGAUGCGCCCAUCUCCCCCACCUCCCCCUCCGAUCUCCAUUUCAGUAGCAACAACCCCAAACUAUUCCCCGGCUACGUCCUGACACCCCCCGACACGGAUCUCGACGAUGAUUCCCACACAUCCGGCUCUCUAUCGCCGACGUUCCCCCCGUCAUCCUCCUCUCCAUACCUGAACCCGACCUCCGCCCCCGCCGCCUCAGACAGCUACAACUCCCCGACCGACACGACCCCAAUGGAUCUCAACGCAGACGACCAGGAACAAAAUUACACGACCAUGCGCGCGCAGCGCCAACACAUCUCGCGCCUGCAGUACUGCAACCCCACCGACCUCGAGGCUAUCCGCCUGGCCCUGAUCUCCGAGGACGAGGCCCUGCGCACCGCCGUCUCGCACAGCUACUCCACCUGUGAAGACGACUGGCACCCCAGCUCGCUCCCGCCGCAGUCGUCCCCGCGCCGACGCGCCCUGACGGCGUCGCGGGGCAGUCGGUUCCGCCCGGCCACGGAAUCGAUCUCCUCCACUUCCUCCGUCCCAUCAUCCUCGUCGCUGGCGGAAUACACGCGUUCCCGGAGAAAGAGCAGCGUCAGCGCGCUGCAGUCAUCCCAUCGGAUCGAGAAGAGCUAUCAGCUCGGCUCCACCCGCGACCUGCAGAAGAAGAGCGAGCAGGGGCUGCGACGAAAGAGUCUCGUCAGUGCGGCGCUGGCUUCGAUGGUUGAAUAA